AAACCAAACCCAUUUGAAAAAAAAACCAAGAAGUGUUAAUUGCAAAUACAAUACUCAAAGAACCAAACACAAAUCCUCUUAUUUCAUUUACCUUAACUCUCUUUACCUCCAAAAAUAUUAAUUCAAACAAGAAAAGAAAGGAAUUACAUAGUCCUAUAUAUUUCCCUAUCAUUUUCGAAUCCUAUAGAAUCUUUUCUUUUCCUUCCUCAACAUGACAACAUUCAUCACAACAUUGUUUAUUUUUCUAGCAUUUUCUCUCCAUGCAGAUAUUGGAUAUUGUUUUGGAAUCAACUAUGGUCAAGUAGCUAACAAUUUGCCACAGCCUGAUAAAGUUCUUGUACUAUUGAGCACUCUCAACCUCACAAAAACAAGAAUCUAUGACACAAAUCCACAAAUUCUUGGUACAUUUUCAAAAUCAAAUAUUGAAGUAAUUGUGACGGUUGAAAAUGAAAUAUUGAACCAAUUAGAUGAUCCACAACAAGCACUUCAAUGGGUAAAUAGUCGUAUAAUACCGUACCUACCAAAUACAAAAAUAACUGGAAUUCAGGUAGGUAACGAAGUUUUCACUGAUGAUGAUACAACUCUUCUUCAACAUCUUGUUCCGGCCGUGAUUAAUAUCUACAAUGCUUUAGCUCAUUUAGGUUACUCAAACAUUUGGGUUUCAACUCCGAGUUCUUUAGCAGUGUUGGAAACUUCAUACCCUCCUUCGGCGGGUAGUUUCAAAGGCGAAAUUGCUAGCAUGAUGUACCAAUUUUUGAACUUCUUGCAAACAACAAAAGCACCUUUUUGGAUCAAUGCUUACCCUUAUUUUGCUUACAAAGAUGAUCCAGAUUCAAUUCCUUUGGAUUAUGUUUUAUUUAAUCCUAAUCAAGGAAUGGUUGAUCCUAAUACAAAUCUACAUUAUGAUAACAUGCUUUAUGCUAUGGCUGAUGCUGUUUCAUUUUCGAUUGCGAAAAUGGGAUUUAAAGGGAUUGAAGUUAGAGUAUCUGAGACAGGUUGGCCUUCUAGAGGCGACCCAAAUGAGGUUGGUGCUUCUCCGCAAAAUGCUGCAAUUUAUAAUAGGAAUUUGUUGAAACGACAAAUGGCGAAUCAAGGGACACCCUUGAAUCCUAGAAUGAGGUUGGAGGUUUAUUUGUUUGCAUUGUUUAACGAAGAUUUGAAACCUGGACCAACUUCAGAACGAAAUUAUGGUCUUUUUAGACCUGAUGAAUCUAUGACUUAUAAUGUGGGGAUUUCUACCCUUGCAACACCAUCUUCAUCAUCUUCAUCACCAUCAGAUUCCGGUUCAUUUCCUAUUGAAUCCUCUGCCACUAAGAUUAAGGUAGCACAAAAGGGAUACCAAAACUUGGUGUAUUGGAUGUUUGUAUAUGUGUUGAUUUCAAUCCUUUAUGUGUGAUGACUAUCCCAUAAUUGUGGGAAUCAUUUCUUAUAUGCAUUAAGUAGAGUUGGGAUUGUACUUCUUUCAAAGUGGCUAAAAAAUAGACCCAACUCUUGAAACAAAGGUACUUUCAGAAUCAUAUCUCAAAAUUAAAGGUACCUAUAUUGCAAAAAAAUAGGACCAACACACUUUCCAAACAAUUGGGCAACAAAAUCAGGAAUAUGAUACUCAAAGAAAGGAAUUCAAUGGAGAAAUGGAAGAUUACACACAUGUCUUUGUCAAGUUCUUCCACUCACCCCACCAUUAUGUCACAUUCUAGCUAUUAGCAUGUGGAGGUGACACAAAACUUAACUUAUUUAGGUAGAUAGGGGACAAAAGCCAUCUCAUUCUUUCGAUGCAAGAUGUUGCAAAAGCAUAAACUCUAGUUUUUAUUUUAAUUGUUUUAAUUACCAAUUAUAUAACAUGUAUAUUGUUCAUUAUGUGAAUUUAAUUUCACUUUUGUUUCUAUCUUGCAUUUCGGGUAUUUAUGUCUACAA